AUGUCGUCAUACUAUUUCACUAUAAUAGGCACCAGAGAUAAUCCAUUGUAUGAGUUAGAAUUUUCGUCUUUUAAAACUGCGGUGUCGAGCUCAACAUCAACCAACAAUAUAGCUGGGAGAUCGAACUUUCCAACCAGUGUUAAGGAAAUACUACCAUUCAUAUCAAAUUCGUCAUUAGAUUUAAUAGAGGACAUACAGUGGUCUACGAAUCAAUUCAGUCUUGGUAAAAUUGAUUCUUUCUAUGGGUUGUUAAUCAAUGCAUUUAUAACACAAGGUAAUAUUAAGUUUCUCUUGUGUUAUGAUUUAAAUGGCGGGAAUCCAGGUAGCGGAGGAUCCAAUCUUCAAAGUAAGAACGAGGAUAAUUCGAUUAAACAGUUUUUCACGGAGGUCAAUGAAUUAUACGUUAAAUGCUUGUUAAAUCCGUUUUACUCGGUUAAUGAUGCGAUUACCUCGCCGGACUUCGAUAUGAGAUUGAAAAUGCUAGCUAGAAAGUAUUUAUAG